AAGAAAACAGCGGGCGUCUUUGAAAGGGUCUGACGCGCCGUCAGCACGUGUAUUCGGUGUUUCGCGUAACAUAUUGCAGUGGAUACCAAAUUGAAUAACCUGAGAACUGACCUUCGUUGCUAAUAUACUGUUUCAUGCUCAACGUGUCGCUUUCAUAAUACGGAAAUUUCGGAAGCAGCCAUAGAUCCCAACUUUUGAAAAAUCCUUUAUUACAGGUGCACAUAGUUUAUUUCUAUGGAUGAUGUAUUCAAUAGCGAAAUAUCUGAUGUCCAUUCAGAGUUAGAAGUUGGGUCACGAGACUGGGAACGUCGUGCUGAGGAGGUUUAUAGUGCAGGUAUACGAGAAGGAUAUUUCGCCAAAAGUGACGUUGUUUUACAAAACGAAUUUAAUAUUGGUGUUGAUCAAGGAUUUGCAUCGACAUUUGAACUGGCAGUUUUAAAAGGGCGAUUAUCAGUAAGGUUAUACUAUUCAACAGGCGAAAAACAUUCGAAAAUUAAAAAUCUCGUUAAGUCAAUUGACGAAAAAGAAAAACAGCUCAUAUCACUGGGUUCUAUAGAAAAAGAUUUAACUUACCAACAGCUUGUACAUGAGGCUGAAGUUAUCUUAGCAUCUUAAACAGUAAACUUACGGGAAAUUUUUGUACAUAGAUUUUGUACUUUUCAUAUUACAUCUUUUUGUUUAUUCUUUA